AUGUUUCGGCCCGGGGGCGCAUUAGACCCCCAAUGCUACGCGUCCCAAAGGGUAUAUGACACUGCAGAAAAUACGCGGCCGAAGAAAUGGUCAUCGAAGCUAAAAUUAAAUACUUCUGUGAGCAGCAAAUCUUCAGAGAAGUCACCGGAGAGUCCAUAUCUAUAUGGAACAAUCAGCGGGCCGGGAGGGUCCGCUUUGUCCAAAUCAAUGAAGUACGCCGAAACAUGGCUCUACGGGUCUGUAAGGACGCAGACCCCUCCCAUACGACCGAGCGUUUUCUCAUCCUAUCCUGAAAGUCCGGGUCCUGUUUUAAUAAGUACCCCGCAAAAGCCCACACCGCACAACUAUGCAGUCAUACUUUGUUCCUGUCCUGAGUACCUAAACGGUACAAAGAAAACCAGCUCAACCAAAGUCAGUAUUUGUAAGAAAUGUAAAGGAUCUCGUCUGCCUUUAACAAUCACUGACAGUCCUCGUUUACUUGUUGGCGGGACGGUUCGGGGUCCACAAGUGAGCCGUGAUGCUGGUUUGCUAAGAGCUGGUACUGUGCGAGUGCAGGGAACAAAAUCUAGACCUAGUAUACUGAAAGCGAACGGUGACUCUGACCCUUACGAUUUAAUGCGACGAAAUAGAUUGGCGCCACCGCAUGAAGCACGCAUAGGAAGCCAGUUCUCAACGUCUCGAUCUCGGGCAAAAAGUAUCAGUCCCUGUCGUGUGAAAAAUAAAAAGUCGAGUCCGGAAGUUUUCAGUAAAAAUCGCAGUAAAUCGGUAAGCCGCGUUAACGAGAUCUGGGUGGAAGAAGAUGAACCCGUUCCGGAGACAAAAAAAUCGAUUUUAUCAUGUGAGAUCAAUCCAUAUGACUUGAUGAAAAUCUCAAGUUCAAAAUCAAACUUAGAUGUAGAAUUUGAUGAUGAUUAUAACGAACCAUUUCAAGAAUCUCACAAGAUGAAUAAUAAUCGCUUAUCAAAAGCCAAGUCAGAUACAAAUGUAAAAAAUAUUAGUGGACAAAGAAUUCGAGUUUCAAAUGACUCAAAAACUAAUAUAGUAGACGAACUAUCUGUGUACGACCCCGUCAACUUUGAUCUCAAAAAUUAUGAUUUUAAAUCAACAGAUAUGCCUUCAGCUCUAUCUUUACCGAGUAUUAAGAAUGAAAAUAAUAAAUUAGGGUCAUUAGGUAAAUCUAGUAGUAAGAAAUUAAUAAACUCCACCUCAAAUCGUACAAAACAAAAAAGCGUUUCACCAAAACGUCCACCAAGAAAACUCAGAAAUACAAAGAAUGAGGAUGACAGUGAAAGCGAUAAUCAAAGAAUGCCUGAAAGGACCACUAAGAAAUUUAUAAAUGAGAAUACUCGCCACUUGAGAAAUAAGAACCAAAAACCAGAUGCCAUAAAAUCAAUACUUAAAAAACCGAAAAUUUUUAGUUCGAAUGAUUCAAGCACAAAAGUUGAAACAUCUGAUGACUCUUUUGAACAUAAAAGCGUAAAUCAUUCACAGUUUUACCUUCCUAAGCCAAAAGAUAAAAAUACGCAACCAUCUCAAAAUAUACUAAAUAGAAAACGAGUACAGUUUCUCGUAGAUAAAGAAGAAACAAAAGUAAUAUUUACAGCAGAACUCAAUCUUCAUGAUGACGUUAUUCAAGAUAUACCUGAGCCUAGUAAAACUGAAAUUGAAGAAGAAAUUAUUGCAGAAGGCGAUGUUUUAAGUAAAAGUUUACAGGAAACAAAACCAGAAACCUUACCAGAAAUUACUACAACAGAAAUUUUACAUAAGGAAAAUUCUGAAGGUGGUAGUACAACGGCUGACAUAAUUAUUUCUAAUUCAGAAACAACGGCAAUUUCCACGUGUGCCGAAGAAAACACUGUUAAAAUUCGACAAACUGUUGAAAACAAUGAUAACAAUGUACCAAGAGUGCCGACUUUGCGUAGAUCUGAAUCUGAACGCUUGACAUCUUCAAUUACCAUUACGCCUCCGAAAUUCCUUGAUACAAUGGCUUUAAGAACUAAGGCCAAACACGGUCAUACAAGUCAAGUUUUUUUAGAAACUCUCACAGAAAUGGAUAUGAACUCAACACAUACAACAGCAACUAAUACAAAUUCGUCUAAUAAUGAACUUGACGUGGGAAGUUUGAGUGACAGUAGCGAAAUCACCAGUAAUGUCUUAAAAGAUUUAAGAAAUGGUAUAGCCGAGUUACCAGAACCCCCGCCGAGAUUAAAAUCGAGAUCAAAAAGACAGAACUACGUGAAAACACGUUUCGUUCGAAACAAUUCUAAUAGUUCUACAAGUGAUGAAUGGUCAGAUUCAAAUGAUACAGAACAGAAAACAGUUUUAAGAGUAAAGCAGUUUGAUGCUGAAGAUACUCAAGAACAAGUGAAAGAACCUUCAAGGAUGUUAAAGUUUAUUGAAAAUGAGCCCAGAAAGACAUCUAUACAAAUAAAUGGCAACGAAUGUUACUCAACAAUGAAUGUAAGCAACGACGCUCCGAUUUAUUUAUCUUCAGUUGUAGUAAAUGCAGAUUCUAGUAAUGCUUGUAGCUCAUAUCAAACAGGGACUACAGUAACUAUAAGCGUUGGAUCUCCUCAGAGCGAAACGAAGAAAUCAAAAAGUCAAGUUUAUAUUGGCGCUUCAUUUAACGGUGAAAAGAAAUGCAAUGAUUUAAAUACAUAUGAAGAAUACUAUAAUGAAAGUAAUACUUCAAAAGUAUCAAACACUAGUAUUUCGUCAAUUUUAAGUGAUCCCGUUGAAGCUGUCAAGCGUAAUUUGAUACCGCACGUGUGCGGAAAAAAGGAUGAUAGUAUGGAAAGUGAUAAAAACAGCCAGGAAGGUGGUAACAUUGUUGCUAAACUUUUUGAUGAUACUUUCUUUGCCCAUUUAGCAGACGGCUUAGACUCAGAUUUAGUAAGAAAGUUAAUAGAAAAUUCUCUUAUUAAGUUACAAGAAACGAAGCACCGGGAAGGAGUAAGUAAUACUAAAGUAACAAUUGAAAAACUAAUCGAGAGUUCCCUUGUAUCAAUGAAGGAAGAGAUGAACAAGAGUAUAGGAAAACCUGAGGAACCACUUAAAAAUAAAGAUGAUAAUGAAAACAAAAAUAAUAACUUGCCCACUUACUUACACAAUGAUGAUACUAUCUGCUCUGCUCCCUAUGAAAGUAUGGAGUAUGAGAGCGGUGUAGCAGGAGUUUUUUCAGACUUGGAACCAAUGUCGGAUUGCUAUAACGCUUCCGCUAGCGAACUAUCGACAGAAGACGAUAAUAAUUCGACUAGAUCGAAAUUUUAUCAAAUGUUGGUAGACGCAGCUAUAUGCGAUAUCGAAACAGCGAAUAACACCGAUGAUGACCAUCACUACGAAUCGAUCCGUUUGAACAGUGAUCCAAUUUAUGAAGAAAUAGGAGAUAUGCCACCGCCUCUGCCUGUUAACCCCCCACCUAAUUCUCUUAUGCUUAUAGAUGAUGAAAAAAGAAGUGGUUCUCGUUCUAUAUUUGAAGGUGCUUCAAAAUACGACAUUCUAUCAUACUUAGUAGAUGCUAAAGAAAGAGGUAUAGACGAUGAAGAGACGUAUAUCACAAAUUAUGAAAACAACACAGAAUCUCAGCCAUCUGAUAAAAGUGAAGACAGUAGAUCGAAUGAAAUAAAAUCGCUGAAAAGUGUGGAAAGAAAUACAAGCCAAAUAUCAAAUGCUUCCGAUUCAAGUGAAGACAAUUCCUUGAUAAUUAGUAACGAAAACGUUGAGAAAACAUUAGUAUGUAAGAAACCAUCAGCCGAAAUUGAGAGGAAUGAUUCGGGUGUAGGAUCUGAAACAAGCAAAUCGUCACGAAGCAGACUGCAAGGGAAAAUAUCACCAAGAAAUUCCACUAGUGAUAAAGACACACCCAUUCACUUAUGUGAAGAUUGUGAUACUGCUGUUGAAACUCAAAUUACAGAACAAGGUUCAAUAUACGCACCGUUAGUCUGCCGCAAAUGUGCGAAGAAGAGAGCAGAAAGAAAAGAAAUUAUAACAGAAAUAGUUGAAACAGAAGAGAAAUAUGGACGUGAUCUUCAAAUAAUAUUAGAGGAAUUUUAUAAACCUAUGCUCGUUGCUGGUCUUCUUACGCAAGAACAGCUUAGCGCCAUUUUCUUGAACGUAGAAGAGCUGAUUGAUAACAACCAAGUUCUGUCAGAAAAAUUACGAGAUGCUCUCGAAAUUGCCGUAGAACAAGGAGAUGAGGACUUACUGACGGUAAACGUCGGCAAGAUUCUUCUAGAAUGUUCCGGGAUGCUGUCGGCAUUCCAGUCGUAUUGUGUGAAACAGGCCGGUGCCGCCUUGCUACUGGCUGGUCUCGAGAAGGAGAAAGAACUUCUAAGGAUAUUCUUGCGCGUAUCGCAAAUGGAGAACGCGGUCUUGAGGCGUAUGAAUCUUAAUUCUUUCCUCAUGGUACCAGUUCAACGCGUGACAAAAUAUCCGCUCCUUCUCUCUCGUUUAUACCGUGCAACCGCCUCUUGCGCAUCCGAAAGGGAGGACGUCAAAAGCGCCCAGCGCUGCGUCGAGUCUAGACUUGAAGAAAUCAACGCAGCGGCGGCAGCGGCUGCAGCGGCCGCAAGGGAUGUCCCGCUGUGGCGAAGACUGGCUGCUGCGAGGCGAACAGCUCAUGAUCUGCAUGUUGCUGAUAUAAGACUGAGGAAGAUGGCUGUUGACGUACUGGACUGGAAUCAUGAAGAUGCUAGAUUCGCCAUGGAGGGCAAGCUGCUGUUCACUCAACCGAACGACAACAAUUGGCGCAAAGGACGAACGAUCAAACUAAUGCCGAUUAAUGCUCUUUUGGUAACCAAUGGAAAGCCAACGAACACACACAAAACGAACGAAAUAAGAGAGACAAGAGAAGCUCGUGAUAGGGAAGCACGCGAGAGAGAGGGAGAGGCUCUGUUCGCCCGCAGCGGGGUGAGGGAGGCGGCUUUGCUGUUGGUGCGGGAGAAAGCAGGAAGGUAUACGCUACAGAGGGAGCCGCUGUUCUUAGACCGCUGCGUGGUCGCCGCGGAUCACGAACCCGAGCACUUCUUCGAAGUCCACGAGAUCACUACUAAGGAUUCCUAUAUAUUUAAGGCGGACGAAAGCGCUCGCACGAGGACUUGGUACCGUCAGCUCCAGUACCACGCCCAAGGAGCCGGGGCGUGGCGGAAGCGACGCAACGCUCUUGCCAACAUCAUGAUUAAUCCUAUGCUAACAAGAAAUUAA